AUGAGGAGCUGUUUCUUCAACCCUUGGGUACUGGUUUCCCUUGUUCUAGUCCUCCCCGUUCUUCUCUCUCUCAGAAACCCUCGCGGUGAACCAGAGAACACCAUAACCCCAACAACCACUUCUUUUGGUACUGUGAAGUUGGCGAACACUUUUCCUUUUCAGUUCAAUCAGAGGAUCAGAGAUGGGUCCAAUCUUGAAUAUGAUUUCUAUAGGAAUACCUGUCCUCAAGCUGAGGAUAUUGUUCGUUCUGCUGUUACUGAUAUCUACUUUGAUCAUAGAGAUCUUUCGCCGUCGCUUCUUCGUCUCUUCUUUCAUGAUUGCUUCAUUCAGGGGUGUGAUGCUUCAUUGCUAUUGGAGGACAAUGGUGGUAGAAACAGUUCCUCUGAGAAGCAAGCUAUUCCAAAUCAGACAUUGAAAGGUUUUGACAAAAUUGACCAGAUUAAGGAGGAAGUUGAACAAGUAUGUCCUGGCGUCGUGUCUUGCGCUGACAUACUUGCUCUCGCAGCUAGAGAUUCCGUUCUUUUGGCUGGCGGGCCUUUCUAUCCAGUCUUAACAGGCAGACGAGAUAGCCCUCAAUCGUUUUUCGAGGAUGCAACCGAUCAAAUUCCAAAGCCUGACGAUAACAUUACUCGCACGCUUCACCUCUUCAAUCUUAGAGGAUUCAGUGCACGGGAAACAGUCAGUCUUCUCGGAGGACACAACAUUGGAAGAAUCGGAUGUGAUUUCAUUCAGCAAAGGCUGUACAACUUUCAAGGAACAGGACAACCAGACCCGAGUAUACCUCUCGAUUUCCUCAGUCAGAUGAGGCAAAACUGUCCAGACAACAGGAGUAUCAGCAGCAGCAGCACUGACAAGUUUGCAACUUCGAAGCCAAUGAAUGCUCAUCAUCACUCUAACAAAAAAGGGAUGUCAUACGCGCAAGCAUUGUCUGCAGUGUCGUCUGGAGCAUCAUUCGACACUCACUACUACCAAAGCUUGUUGAGAGGAAGAGGGCUACUGUUUGCUGAUCAGCAGCUGAUGGCUGAGGAGAGGACUGCCAGAUUGGUUUCUGCUUAUGCUUCAGAUGACGGAUCGACCUUUCGGAUGGAUUUCGCUAGGGUUAUGUUGAAACUGUCUAAUCUUGAUGUUUUGACUGGAAAUCAAGGUCAGGUUCGUCUGAAUUGCUCCCAACUCAUAAGUUCUUAACUGAGUUAGUUCAUUUUUCAAGCACUCCACCCUUGCACAGUGUAAAGUGACAGAUGUUACAGAGUUUAUAGAUUUUGGUGGCAUUGUGUUAAAGUGUUCGGUCUAUGGCUGCAAGGCUGCGAUA